AUGUGCCCCACCCGGGCGUACAGACAAGCCCCGAUGCAGUGCUACCACUGCUUCAGCUACGGGCACACCAAGGCACGGUGCACGGCGGAGACUGAAGUCUGCCGGAACUGUUCCAAGGCGCACGCGAUCUCGAAGGAUUCGGACGGCAAAAUUAUCUGCGAAGCAGCGGCCAGCUGCAAAAACUGGACCAACGAGGACAAAUCCGCACACGAAGCCCGACGGCUCUUUGAGGAGCGGAAGGCAGCCGCGGAAAGCGGUACCAGCUACGCCGCCGUCACGGGCAGCGGCAACAGCGACGCCAAACAGAGCCAGAACAUCCAGAAGGAGCUGGCGGAAACAAAGCAGAUGCUUCAGAAGGCCAUGGGCGAGCUGACCAAGCUCAAGGAGGCCAGCGCCGUAGCUAAGGCGGCUCAAAAGGAAAACGAACAAACCAAGCGCAAUCUGUCAAAGGUCCUCAACGAGCUGGCCAAGCUCAAGGCGGCCGCUUGCAAACCAAAACCAUCCACCGAAUCAGACCAGGAAAGCGAGGAAGAAAGCGACUCGGAAAUGGACAUCGAUCCACUGAAUUCCAAGCGACGACGCCCGUGCGACGAAGAAAGCAGCGAAGACGCCGGCACGAACAACAAGAACGAAAACAACCUCAUCGACCUCACGGAAACCAACGGGAGUGCGCCGGUGACCUCGGACGAGGCCAUAAGCGACCCUCCUCAAUGGACUAAAAACGGCAAGUCCAAGAAGAUCAAAACCGAGUCGGGUGACUCGACCAUGCCCCCCAACAACAACAAGAAGGACAAAAAGCAGUGA